AUGGGUUCCGUGGCCAUCAACCCGGUCGACUGGUUCAAGCAAGAAACCGGUGAUAUCCUCUACGAAUGGGUCAAAUAUCCCUGCAUCCUCGGCAAUGACGUCUCCGGCGAGAUCAUUGAAGUCGGCCCAGGUGCCGAGGACCGGUUCAAGAUCGGCGACCGUGUUGUUGCCCACGCCGUGGGUCUUGACAAGCGAAGCAAUAAGUCAUCCGAAGGCGGUUUUCAAGAUUACGUCGUCUUGCGGGCCGAUCUGACCUCUCAGAUUCCCGAUUCAAUAACAUUUGAGGAAGCAUGUGUAAUACCCUUGGGCGCUUUGACUGCUGCAUGCGGUCUCUUCAUGAAGGACUUUGUCGGCCUUCAACACCCAGACGUCUCCGCAAAACCGACCGGGGAGACAUUCUUAGUCUGGGGUGGCUCGACGAGCGUGGGGUCAAACGCCAUUCAACUCGCCGCUGGAGCUGGUUACGAAGUCAUUGCAACAGCAUCCUCAAAGAAUUUCGACUAUGUCAGGUCUCUCGGCGCCGCAGAAGUUUUCGACUAUCGCAGUCCGACUGUCGUUCAGGACAUUAUCAAGGCAUUCCAGAGCCGGAAGUCAGCUGGCGCAAUCGCGAUCGGCGCGGGGUCCUUAAUCCCCUGCAUCAACAUCAUGGUUGGUUGCAAGGGCCGCAAGUUCGUCGCCCAAGCCAGUGUCGCUGGACCUGGCCGGCCGCCCACAAACGUCUCGGAAACCGUUUCAUUGCUGUGGGCAAUGGCUUCCGAGAGCGCGACUGCGACAGUCAAGUGCAGAGUGAGCGGUGUGCGAAGGAAGUUCAUAUGGGGAAGUGAUGUUAUGGCGAAUGAAGUCGGUGCCGCCAUUUACCGAAACUUCCUGCCUCAAGCACUGACCCAGGGCAAGUUUGUUCCGGCGCCCAAACCCCAUGUUGUUGGAAAGGGAUUGGAAUCUAUACAGCAGGCAUUCAAGGUCAGCUACAAGGGAGUCUCGGCGAAGAAGAUUGUCGUUUCUUUGUGACAAUGAGCGCGGUCUGUUUUUAAUCGAUCGGAGGAUUGGAUGUAGUGUUCAAUGCUUUCUUUUCGUCUCGAGCCUCAGCAUCCAACGUGAAGCUCGACUGAAUAUUAUAAUAAGUCUUCAAC